AUGCAAAUAUAUAGUACAAUUCAUUUCUAUGAAUACAGGAAGUUCAAGGAAUUGCUAGUAAAUGACCCGGAUGACAUAAAACAGAAGGCUCUCCAAGCAGUUUUCGCUACGAUUAAUUGUUCGAAAACUAAGGAAUCAAGAAGGCCAGUUGCAAUCAUCUUCCUCUCAGUUAGGACGCUCUAA